AUGGUGACCCCACAACCACGUGUUUGUGGUCCCUUAUCAUCCCUGCCUGCUAGAGAGACACAUGACAGUGACAAUGAAUGGGAAGACUUCGAGGAACUAGAGGAAGAGAAGGAAGAAAAGGAAGAUUGCAUCAGGGAAACAGAGAUCUCUGUGACUUUGACAAAGUCAGAGAACAACAGUUAUGGAUUCUCUGUAGUUCUUAACAAAGUGGACAGCUGCCUGUACGUUGAUGAAGUCUUGAAUGAGCCGGCCCUGUCUGAUGGAAGACUAAGAAGGGGAGACAGAAUCAUUAUGGUGAAUGGAACUGAUGCCACAUCUUUACCAUGCAAUGAAGCCCUGACUUUACUGAAAAGCUCUCCUCCUGAUCUGCACCUUGUGGUUGGUCGUGCUGACAGCGAUCCGCGUCCCUCUAUUAGGCUAGAUGAGAUUCCCGAAAUUACUCUGACAAAAGGUGCCAAUGGACAGCUAGGCUUGAAGCUGACAGGAGGAGCUGGAAGCAAGUUACAAGGUAUUUAUGUGCUAGAGAUAGUGCCUGGCUCUCCUGCCAGUGUGGAAGGCAGUUUGCAGCCACGAGAUCAGAUUGUUUACAUCUGUGGACUGUGGACUGAGGGCAUUAGCCUGGAUGAUGCAGUGAGAGUGUGUGAAGCUGCCACCCAGACUGUCCAAAUCAAAGCCACAAGAAAUGGCAAUCCAGUGGUUCCUAUAGAGCAGGAAAAUAAGAAAUAUUUGGAGGAAACAAACUGUUGUGCCCAGCAAAACACUCCUGAUUCUCCAGAAUGUAAGGACUUCAUUUUUAAGGUAGAGCUGGAAAAAGCAGAAAACGGAAGCCUAGGAUUCGCACUGGUAGGUGGAAGAAAUGGCAGGGCUAUCCUAAUAAAAGCCAUCAGCCCGGACAGCAUUGCAGACCUAGAUGGGAGGCUUCAAGUUGGUGACAUCCUACUUAAGGUGAAUGAGACUUUUGUGUCAGGUCUAACACGCCAAACAGUUAUAGAUUUGCUGCGCAAAGCUCAAGGAACUGUUCAACUCACUGUUUGCCGAAGCAUGGCUUUGCACUUGGCUUAUUCAGGCAAUCAGAGCAACAGUCUGCCUUCCCCUGCAAACACAAAAGCGGAGCCGGACAGUGCUGCAGGAAGCCUGCAAGCUCAGCCUGUUUUCACUUUCAAGGAAGAAGAAUCCAACCAGAUAUGCAGCAAGGAUCCAGAAAGUGCACACAAUUCCCCUCUGCAAGGUCAGCUGGCUGGACAAGACUAUAAGGAUAUCAUCAGUAACAUUUCAGACAGGUCACAGAAAUCUACAGAAUAUGAAGGCUGCAGAAGAGAGAGUCAGCAGUCUGAGUCAGACAGCUGCAACAAUGAAGAUGACGAUAUGCCCCACAGGAUUUCCUUUCUACCUAGAAGCAGAACUUUUGCUUCUGGAGAUGAACUGGCUCAGUUAAUCAACCUUAAACCAUCACUCACUGAAGUAGGUGCAAGGACUGGCAUCACAGGUCUUAUUCGAGGUCUUCAGUCACGGAUUGAGAAUCAAGAGGUGUUAAAGGAGUUUAUGGCUUUAGAACAUGAGAAACCAAUAGAUGACUGCAGAACUGGCAAAGCACCAGAAAACCAGGAUAAAAACAGAUACCGAGAUAUUCUUCCAUAUGAUAAGACACGAGUUCCUCUGGGAGAAAAGAAUGGCUACAUUAAUGCAAGUUACAUUAGAAUGGAAGUUGGAGAAGAGGAACAUUUCUAUAUUAUAACCCAAGGGCCUCUGCCAUCCACUACGGCUGAUUUCUGGCAAAUGGUCUGGGAGAGUGAAUCAGAUGUGAUUGCCAUGAUGACAAAAGAAGUGGAGCUAGGGCAAGUCAAAUGUCAUCGAUAUUGGCCUGAACCUCCCCAUGACUCUAUGGACCUGGCUAAUUUCCAUCUCAGGCUAAACAAUUACCAGAUUCUGGAGUACUUCAUAAUUAGAGCAAUAGAAAUUAUCAACAAGGAGACAGAAGAGAAGCGCAUUGUAAGUCAUUUGCAGUUUACCACUUGGCUAGACCACAAUAUUCCCGAACUGGCUGAGCAGCUUGUAAAAUUUAUUUCUUACAUGAGAAAAGCUCACAGUACAGGACCUAUUGUUGCUCACUGCAGCACUGGCAUUGGAAAAAGUGGAGUUUUGCUGUGUGUUGAAGUUCUGCUCAGCUAUAUAGAAAAAGAUUUACAUUUCAACAUCAAGCAGAUAGUGAGAGAUUUGAGAGCUCAGCGCUUUGGCAUGAUCCAAACUAAGGAUGAGUAUUUAUUCUGUUAUGAAGUUGUGCUGGAAGUCCUUCAGAACCUUCAAGCAAUGGAUUCCUACUGA